AAGGCGCUGUUGUUCCCUCUCCGGUCCUCCGUUAGUCGGCUUAAUUUGCAGUCUCGCAGACGCACAAAGUUGGUGACGAAAGCAAUUUAGGGCACACGUAGUCCGAAGAAGAAGCUGUUGUCCAUGGAGUUGGUAGCCGAGAAGAAGGAUUUUGAUUCUGCUAACGACAACAACAAGCUUAACUCUGCUCAAGCAGUUCUUGAUUCUUCUUAUCCUCCCUCAGUCGCUGCGGAUGAAACUGGUAGUAAUAACAAUUCUAAAGAAGCUGAAGAUUUGAGUGAACGCGUAGCUCGAGACCUCAAAGAUGGCCUUCAUCCCCUAAAGCACAAGUUUGCAUUUUGGUACACUCGUCGAACACCUGGAGUUCGGACUCAAACAUCAUAUGAGGACAACAUAAAAAAGAUUGUGGACUUUAGCUCGGUUGAAGGUUUUUGGGUAAGCUAUUGCCAUUUGGCUCGUCCUUCUUCAUUACCAAGCCCAACAGAUCUGCAUCUCUUUAAGGAAGGAAUCCGUCCACUCUGGGAGGAUUCUGCCAACUGCAAUGGUGGAAAGUGGAUAAUACGAUUUAAGAAAGUUGUAUCUGGCCGAUUUUGGGAAGAUUUGGUUCUUGCAUUAGUGGGGGACCAGCUUGAUUUCGGUGAUAACAUAUGUGGUGCCGUGCUUAGCAUUCGUUUCAAUGAGGAUAUUUUGAGUGUCUGGAACCGCAAUGCAUCUGAUCAUCAGGCAGUGAUGGGUCUGCGAGAUUCAAUCAAACGACACUUAAAGCUCCCACAUGGGUAUGUUAUGGAAUACAAACCUCACGAUGCAUCUCUGCGUGAUAACUCGUCAUACAGAAACACAUGGUUGCGAGGGUGAGGACGGUUGUACCUCGUCUGCUGCUAUGGCUAUGACCAUUAAGACACAAGGCUGAAUGAUGUUUGCAUGGUCUGCCCCUCCCUUGAUUGCUUUUGUCCCUUGUUUGGAUGAUAAGCAAUUGAUUGAUUCAUCUGACACUUUUAUUGAGGACAUUGAAGCUUUUCUUUAUUGUUUGUUCAAAAAAGGAGAAUAGGCUACUACUAUGUAAUGUAAAUAUGUGGACAAUUUGUAACUGUAGACUUCUCUGAACAGGAACCUUGGAAAAACACCUACACAAGACAACUUCUGUUUACUUGUUAUAACUUAACAUUGUUUUGU